UUUACACUACUCAUUCCUAUUACAUAACUUGCGCAUUGUCGAUACUUUCCAGUCUUAAUUAAUAUUUAUUGUAACAGAAAUAUGGUUUCAUUAAAAUUAUUAUUGUUAACUGUUUGUCUUGUAAAAUUAUUAUCCAAUUAUUUAGUAUAUGGUAAUAAUCUUUUGUAUCGUGAAUUAGGAUGUACUUCAAUUCUUACAGAAAAUUCUGAUGCAGGAGCCUACGAUUGUGGUAAUUUUGAGACAAGGUCUGCCGACAAAUGUUAUUUUUACGGCAAAGCGUAUGAUUUGAAUCAAGAAUUAUCUGAUGCCGAUUCAAUAACAAUUCCAUGUUAUGCUGCUUGUAAAUGUAGAUCUACUUCUUUUAAAGGGGAAAAUGUUGCAAGCUUUAGAUGCGCCAAUGUUGAGUGUCCAUCUUUAUUUAACAGACGGCCUGCGGAACCUUGCUACUAUCAAUACGAAAAAGAUAAUUGCUGUGAAGUAAAAACUUAUUGCCCUGAAACAAAAUCUACGGUUUAUCAAUGCGAAUACGAUAACAUUAUGUACAAAGAGGGCGAAAAAAUAUACAUCAAUAAUAAUAUUUGUAUUUGUAAACCAGGGUUUAAUGGAACUAUUAACAACGAUUGGUGUAGAGAAAUAAGAUGCAACAAUGAAAUUAAUAAUAUUAAGUCCAUAAUAGCUAAAGGGGCUCCCGUGUAUUUCAAGACAUCUGAAGGUUGUCCUAUUGAAUGGUUAAACCCUGAAAAUAUUCCUGGAACUGCAGGAAAAUUUGCUUCAGCCGGUAAAUCCCAAAUCGUUCAAAAAUGCAAAUAUGGAUCACUUGAGCUAUUAGUCGGUCAAGAAUUAGAAAUAGGUGAUUUAUCAGAUUCUGAAUCAUACAAAACUACUUGUUCCUGUGAAAUUCCACCAUUUAUUACUUGUUUAAAACAAAUCAAAUCAUGAAACGAUUCAAAAUACUUUUAAACCAGCUCAUUUUAAUAUUACUAUUUAAUAUAAUAAUAUUACCUAUAUAAUAAUAUAUAUUUAUAUACAAUCACAAAUCAUAAAUUUUAAUUAUAUAUUUUUAAUUGAAA